AUGGCCUUUGUUCAUCAUCAGCCACGCCAGCAGCGUCGUGAUCGACAGGAUCAUGUCGCAGACUCGACACCUGCAUCUUAUGCUACCACACAGCACAGAGCUGAGCGUGAAGCGGCGCAAGACUGGAGCAUUGUCUUUCCUGGUCGAUCGCGUGAGGCGCCAGCCUCACCAGCACCUUUUCAAACACCUUCCCUUCACAACGUCACAUACCCAUCCACCGACCACAGCGAUGAUUCGGAUCCACUCACCCUCACUUUGCCUCCGCUUCACGAUGGAACCGGUCGGUUUCUGGCUUCCCCGCUCAGUCCUUCGACAACCGACACUGCUUCUGUCGAUGCAGCACUCCAGUACAGUGGAGCAGACGACGACCGCCUCUCCGACGCUCGACACUCGGUAGACGUCUUUCCAGAGUCUGUAUUCAGUGGCACCGACUCGCAGCUCGACGCAGACGAAGAGCUUGGCUUUGGCUCUGGCUCCGAUUUCGAUUUCGAGAGCGAUGCCGUAGCUUCGUCUCAUCCCAGUCGCAGCUCGGCGAAUCGAGGCGCUGUUCGCACUGCAUCUCGUCCACGCUCCUCCAGGCUAAGCCACAUCAGCAUCGGAAGCGACGACGAUGCCGACCCAGCCGGCCCUUUCCAGUCCCAAAGCCACCUGCUCGGAAGCAAGGCUUGGUCUCUACUCGGACGAAGCAACGCCUUGGAACGUGUUCUCGAAAGUCCUUCGUCCUCCACACAUCUCUACUCAAGCGCUCGUUCCAGUCGUCACUUGUCUCGUCCUCGUCGCACUGUCAACGAUCUUCCCGCCGUCUUUACGAGCGGUUCCGAACCUGAAGACGAUGUCUCUCAAGUCAUCGACCACUCACGCUCCACGGCACGUCACGCUGCCGAUGCAGCCUACGAUGCAGAUCUCGCCGUGAGCAACCUCGCUCAGAGUGCCGGCCUUUCCCAUCUCGACCACAGCGAUCUGCUGCGACGGCCCAAACGAAGGCAUCGCCGCUCGGCAGCCGGUCGAUCGAGCAAACGCAGCAACACGUCCCAGUCUCUGCUCAGCAUUGAUUACGAGUCACGCCUUCUCACCGCCCAUCACCAACAUCAUCCCCACAGUCGUCGCCAUGUCGAUGGCGCAGAGACGCCACGGUCAUCUACGCAGGCAUCAAGGUUGGCACACGAGCACCCAUCCAAGACCUCGCGCAUGAUCGGAACCAUCUUGCGCAAGGUAUUCGACCUGGAACCCGAAGUGCUGGAUGCGUUUCUCCAGGAGGACGCCGAGAGACAGCAGCGAUCGGGAGUGCACAGCAGCGACGCAAGGACUAGGUCUCGUCCCGGCUUUGCGUUCGAGGCAGCAGAGGCGCCAUUGGCGUGUGUUCCGCUGUGUGACACAACGGCAGCAUCAUUGUCGUCGCUGUCGUCAUCUACGAUGAUGCUCGAUGGCAGAGGCGAGCAUGAGCGGCUGUCACCCUCUCUUGGUGAAGAGACGCAAGUGGAGGACCAACUGGCCUCGGUCGUGGACCCUUCCACUUCUCCACUUUUUGCCAAUACAAAGCCCGUCGAGGGCGAAGAGACGGGCGAAACGCUACGACUUACCGAAGCGGCACUGCUGCAGCGUGGCUCGGCAUCUAUGCGUCAUGCAAGCGGCUCACAAUCGCUCAUGGAGCCUACCACGAUGGAAGCGCUGUCAGCGUUGAUGAACACCAUGGUGAUGCCCGUACCCAUGCCGUUGCGCCUGCUGGGAGCAUUGUUCGGAUGGUCCAGCAUCUGGUCUUCUCCCUCUGCGUCUUCAUCCAAGAAACACGCCAAUGCGCAGCCUGAUCAGGAGGCGCAGGCAGCGGCAGAGCAAGAAGACCAACACACUUGGAGGGAUGUGGAAGAAGAGCACAAAUAUCGAUACGAACGUCUGCUCAGCGCGCAGCAGGCUAAAGCGUGGAGUCGGCGGUAUCGAGGCAUCCUCUUUGCCAAUGUCGACGACGAGGAACCGAGCCCAGACCUACCGGAAGUGUGGAGGGGCGAAGAGCAUCCUGCCAUUGCUGGCCAUCAGGAUGUGUAG